AUGACCAAUCCUGCAACAAUUUCCAGGACGUCCUCACACACAAUGAGACGAGUCGUGGGAGCCAAAGGGAAUGUAGUGAGAGUCUUUUCUCCAGCUUCUUCUACCGCCCCAGACUCGUCUUCUUCUUCUCCUUCGUCAUCAUUGGCGUACAAUCGAUUGGAAUCUCGACGUUCCUACCGAACAGUAGCCACGGCAUCGUCUCCUUCUUCUGCCUUUCCUAAAAAGACGAAUUUCAUCACUCAACCAAAACCACAACCACAACCACAAAACCGACAAUUGCAUUUUACCAAACAACCACCAUCCAAUAGCAAUAACAAUGCUGAUACCACGAAACGUUCCUUUUCAAGUGCCAGCAAGCGAGACUUUUACGAGGUUCUUGGAGUUUCCAAGUCUUCCAACAAGGCAGAAAUCAAAAAGGCAUACUUUGGAUUGGCCAAGAAAUAUCAUCCUGAUACCAACAAGGAUGACGAGGCAGCUUCGGACAAAUUCAAGGAGGUUACGGAAGCGUACGAAUGUCUCAGUGAUGAUGAACAACGAGGAUUGUACGAUCAAUUUGGACAUGCCGGAGUCGAUCCCAACUUUCAGGGCGGCAAUCCCUUUGGCGGCGGCGGUGGCAGAAAUCCGUUUGAGGGCGGAUUCAACUUUGGAGAUGGGAGCUUUCACUUUUCGGGUGGCAGCGGUGGUGGUGGCCAAAUUGAUCCCGAGGAACUCUUUGAUGCCUUUUUUGGUGGAGGUGCCCGACGGGCCCGUGGACCACGACGGGGGGCCGACCUCCAAAUGCACGUCCGACUCUCGUUUGAGGAGGCGGCCUUUGGAUCCUCGCAAGAUUUGCAUUUACGGUAUCAAGUUUUGAAUCAACAGAAUGGUCAAAUUGAAGUCAAGGAACGAGACGUGACAGUGGAUACCCCGGCUGGUAUCGAUACCGGCAUGAAUUUGCGAGUGACGGGUCAAGGAGCAGAAGGUGAUCCUGGUGCGCCUCGUGGAAACUUGUUGGUGCAAGUCUUGGUGGACGAUCACGAUUACUUCCACCGAGAAGGUUCGGAUGUUCAUGUGGAGGCACCCAUUUCGAUUAGUCAAGCCAUUUUGGGAGGAACGGUGGAUGUCCGAACCUUGGGUGGAGAAGUCGAAGUAACAGUGCCCAAGGGAACCCAACCAGAGACCAAACUUGUAUUAAGAAACAAAGGUAUUCAGCGCAUGCACGGUGCCGGUAAGGGAAACCAAUACGUUCACCUCAAGAUUGAAAUCCCCAAGUCGAUUACCAAACGACAGGAAGAACUCUUGAGAGAAUUCGAUGAAGAGACCAAGGAAACUGGAAAGGGUAUUUCUGGACGUUUAGCUGAAGCAGCAGGAUCUGCCUUUGAAUCCUUCUUUGGUGGUGGAAGCAGUAGCUCGAAAUCCAAGGACAGCAAUAAGGACAAAAAGGAGGAUGAGGAAGAAUUGGAAGAUAAGAAGCAAGCAGCUCAAUAG